AGGAGUAUGUGGAGAGAGUAGGGAAAGCCUGCCUGGUCCGUGGUCCAUGCUCGGCCCAGGCUUGCUGUGUGGCCUUGACUGAGUCCUUCCCAUCCCUGCCUCAGUAUCCCCAUCUGUGCAAAGAAGAGGCUGGUCUAGGUGGUCGCUCCAGAUGGGACUGGGCAAGAACAAGGGGUCCACAGCCUCCGGAACCCCCUCGCUCUGGUCGCCUACCUUGGGAGAGACUUUCUCCACCACAGAGGGACCCCGCGCGGAGCCUGGAGCAGGGCCCAGAGGGGCCGGACACGCCCAUCCAGGUGGUGUUGAGGGUGCGUCCCAUGAGCGCGGCCGAGCUGCGGCGAGGGGAACAGAGCGCGUUGCACUGCUCAGGGACCAGGACUCUGCAGAGUGCCCCGCCCCUUCUCCACCCUCCCCUCCCCCAGGUGAGCCCCCCGGGCGGCGGCCCCGACGUGGCGUUCCGCUUCGGCGCCGUGCUGGACGGGGCGCGCACGCAGGAGGACGUGUUCCGGGCGUGCGGCGUCCGGCGCCUGGGCGAGCUGGCGCUGCGCGGCUUCUCCUGCACUGUCUUCACCUUCGGCCAGACCGGCUCCGGGAAGACCUACACCCUGACCGGGCCUCCUCCCCAGGGAGAGGGGGUGCCUGUCCCCCCCAGCCUGGCUGGCAUCAUGCAGAGGACCUUCGCCUGGCUGUUAGACCGCGUGCAACACCUGGGUGCCCCUGUCACCCUCCAGGCCUCCUACCUGGAGAUCUACAAUGAGCAGGUCCGAGACUUGCUGAGCCUGGGGGCUCCCCGGCCCCUCCCCGUUCGCUGGGACAAGACCCGGGGCUUCUAUGUGGAGCAGCUGCGGCUGGUGGAGUUUGGGAGUCUGGGGGCCCUGAUGGAGCUUCUGGAGAUGGGUCUUAGCCGUCGGAGGAGCUCAGCUCACACCCUGAACCAGGCCUCCAGCCGAAGCCACGCACUGCUCACAGUCUACAUCGGCCGCCAAACCGUGAGUGCCCCAGCCUGGGGAAGCAGCUGGCUCCGGGCCACCCAGCGAGGGUCGGCCUCUGGAGGUAUUAACCAGCUUGGGCAUGUACAGGAGCAGGUGCCUCCUGUGGACCCCGGGGAAGCCCCUGUUGGUGGGAAGCUGUGCUUCGUAGACCUGGCGGGCAGUGAGAAGGUGGCGGCCACGGGAUCCCGCGGGGAGCUGAUGCUUGAGGCCAACAGCAUCAACCGCAGCCUGCUGGCCCUGGGUCACUGCAUCUCCCUGCUGCUGGACCCACAGCGGAAGCAGAGCCACAUCCCCUUCCGGGACAGCAAGCUCACCAAGCUGCUGGCGGACUCGCUGGGGGGGCGCGGGGUCACCCUCAUGGUGGCCUGCGUGUCCCCCUCAGCCCAGUGCCUCCCCGAGACUCUCAGCACCCUGAGAUACGCAAGCCGAGCCCAGCGGGUCACCACCCGACCACAGGCCCCCAAGUCGCCUGUGGCAAAGCAGCCCCAGCGUUUGGAGAUGGAGAUAUUGCAGCUCCGGGAGGAGAACCGUCGCCUGCGGUCUCAACUGGGCCAAAGGGACCCCAAGACCUCAGGGCUCAGUGGGGGCCGGGUGGCCUGGGCCCAGCAGAACCUCUACGGGAUGCUCCAGGAGUUCAUGCUGGAGAAUGAGAGGCUCAGGAAAGAAAAGAGCCAGCUGCAGAGUAGCUGGGACCUGGCCCGGGAUGAGCAGCGUGUCCUGGCCCAGCAGGUGCACGAGCUGGAGCGGUGUCUCCUGUCUGCCUGCUCCCUUUACCAGCCGGGCCCUGGCACAGCCCCACCGUGUCCCUGUGUGAUGGUGCCAGCUCCCCCCUGCCAUGCCCUGCCGCCCCUCUGCUCCUGCCCCUGCAGCCACCUCUGCCCCCUGUGCCGAGCACCACUGGGCCAGUGGGCCUGCCCACGGAGGGGGCUCCACCUGCCCCAGAUGCUUGGCCCUCAUGCCCCAGGCAGCGUGCCCCUGUCUGCCCGGCCCCCGCCCUGCGUGCCCCCCUGCAGCCCUGGCUCUGCCAAAUGCCAAAGAGAGAGGUGGGCCGGCAGUGGGGCUCUGGGGUGGGGAAGGAGGAGGCGUGGGAAGCUGAAGGCUCACCUCCCACCCCCCGACUCCCCCCGGCCCAGGAGUCACAGCGACUGGAUUCAGACCCGGGUCCUGGCGGACUUGCUGAUGGAGGAGGAGGUGGUACCCUCUGCACCCCCCCUACCCAUGGUGCCCCCAAACACGUCGCCGGUGCAGAGAGGUGGGGCUGCAGUCCCAAACCUGGCCCGGAGACUGGAGGCCCUCAGAGACCAAAUCGGCAGCUCCCUGCGACGGGGCCGGAGCCAGCCGCCCCCCAGUGAGGGCCCACGGAGCCCUAGCCGGGUCCUCCCUCCCUGCUGAGGGCACAGUGGAAACCCAGGAGAUGCUGUGUGACCUCGGGCGGGCGUCUGCAUCUCCCCAUCUGUUAAAUGGGGAUGGCAGCUGCUGCUCCACUCUGCGGCUGGGCCGGCCGAGGACAGGUCCUGAGCGCCGGAGGUGUGGCCUGAUGGGGCGAUUUGGGGGAGCAAAUGGAGGGUGCCCCCUCAGACCACAAGAAAUGAGACUGGAUUCAGGAGAAACCAGGCAGCGGGUGAUGAAAUAUACAAAUAAAGAGAGCAUCAGCUCCA